UACCAUGGCUAUGCCACCGGCUAUAGGGUGACAAUGCACCCAUCCACGGGGCACAAGUGGUAACUGAAUGGUUUGAUGAGCAUAAAAACGACGUAAACCAUUUGCCAUGGCUAUCUCAGUCACCAGAUCUCAACCCAAUUGAACACUUACGGGAGAUUAUGGAGCGUUACCUGAGACAGGGGUUUCCAUUAACAAAACAUCAAGUUAUGGAUUUGCUCGUGGAAGAAUGGUGCCGCAUCCGUCCAAUAGAGUUCCAAGCACUUGUAGAAUCUAUGCCAGGGUGCCUGCCUUGAAGCUGUUCUGGCUCGUGGUGGCUGGCUGUGGUGGCUCAUGUUGGUGUUUCCUUUCUUUUGGCAGUUACCUAGUAGUUUAUUUCACGGUUGAGUGAGUUAAUUCUGGGCGGAAAGAGGAAGCUGGAUAAGUAGGCUGCUAGGGUAACUACGAUGUUGCAACAGUGUAACAACGGAGGAAUUGCUGAUUGAAUCCGGGUAAACAAAGCAGAAGACAUUUUAUAAAUACUUGGAUGACCUUGUAGUUGUUCUUGACUGCAUUUACGUGGUGAACUUUCAAAAUGUGGCAAACCAGUUAGUGUGUGUGUGCACCUUUGUUACCAUGCAUGAGGAUGAAUGUCCAAUCCAAUGAGACCAUGCUCUUUGAGGAAGAGGUGGACAAGACAAGUCGUGAGGUUGAAGAGGACAAUGUGUCCACGAAGAUGGUUACUGUCAACUGGGACCAAUGGGACAGGUUACUGCUGCCCUCUCCAUUGGACUCUGGGGUGCACAGUCUGGACACAGUGUACGAUAGAACUACCGUGAUGAUUGAGCAAGACCCUGUGGGUUCUACAACUGACAAUAAAGAGGAAGAAGAGGACCUGAUGAUGUAUCUAGAUGAGGGAUUUGAGACGGAGGACCGUGGAGGUCUGGAAGACCACUGGGAGGCCAUGUCACAGGGGUACAUCCACCACACCAUCUCCCAGGACCAGAUCCAGUUCACCAUCAACCCUGGUUCCACACCCAUGCCCCGGCACAUCCAGGGGGCCACCAUCACACUACACUCUGAGUGCCCAGAUACCCACCACAGCGAGGUGAAGCGUUACCAGUGUCUAUACAAGGACUGUACUCGUACCUACAGCACAGCAGGGAACCUGCGGACCCACCAGAAGAGACACAGAGGAGAGUACACAUUUGUCUGCAACCAGUUGGGCUGUGACAAGGCCUUCCUCACCUCCUACAGUCUGAAGAUCCACAUCCGCGUUCACACCAAGGAGAAACCCUUCGAAUGUGAUCAACAGGGCUGUGAGAAGGCCUACAACACACUGUAUAGGCUAAAAGCCCAUCAGAGACUGCACACAGGGAACACGUUUAACUGUGAGUCAGAUGGAUGCACCAAGUACUUCACCACCCUGAGUGACCUGAGGAAACACAUCCGGACACACUCCAAGGAGAAGCCCUUCAGGUGUGAUAAUCCUGGCUGUUACAAGACUUUCACCUCUAGUGACCAUCUCCAAACACACUUCCUGGGACACACAGGUACAGGCGAGCCACCCCUCCUUCAGGUGGACACAGACGGUGAUAUCUCCCUAAGCUCCUCCAACAACCUUAGAGACAACAUCAAAGGUCAUAACCCUGGAGCGUCGGCUGACAUCACUGACAGCCACUCUCUCUCAGAGGAUUUGAACCCUCGUUCCCCAUGUCUCAGUGAUAUGAGCCUGAUUUCCACUGAUUCUCAGCUCAGAGAAAAUAAUUCUGAUGCCCUGGAUCUGAUGUUUGAGUUGCUAUUUCAAGACAAGCCCCAGACACAGGGUGUGUCGUCGUUGGCAGUGCCCUCAUGUAGUUUGGAGAACCCAUCUCCAACCGUGGUGCUCCCAGAAGCAUCUCCCUGUUUUAUCUCUACCUGUCCUACCCCCUCUGACUCUCUCCCUGGUGAACCCUGUCCUGUACCCCAGCCCGUCGCUGUCCUCACCCCUGGUGAAUCCUGUCCAGUUCCUGUCGCUGUCUCUCCCAUGAUCAGUGAAAUAACUAAACAUGAUGUGAAUCCAGAACAGCUGUCCAACCAGAGCCUAUUACAACAGCCAGCCACAUCCGUCUAUUACCAACCUAGCUCCAAUCAGAGCCUACUACCACAGCCAACCAACGAGAGCCUCCUUCCACAGCAGAGCCUACGACUAGAGCCAACCAUCACCCUCCAUUCACAACCAGGCUCCACCCAGCGCCUCCUACUAGAGCCAACCACCACCCUCCAUUCACAACCAGGCUCCACCCAGAGCCUCCUACUAGAGCCAACCACCACCCUCCAUUCACAACCAUGCUCCACCCAGAGUCUACUACUACAGCCAGCUGAGACGCCUUCCAUCUAUUCGCAACCAGGCCCAUACCCUCCACCCCCCAGCUCCUUCAUCCAGGCCCCACUACCACCCCUUUCCCUGGGGCACUUUGCUCCUCCUACUGUCCCUGCCCAGAGUACCCUCCAGCCCCUGACCUUGUCCACACAGAACCUCCAGUGGCUGUUUAACAGUGUCAAUGACCAGAGGCAGCGGGACACACAGACACAGCUAUUACAACAACACAGUGGCUCGACACAGGAGAAGCUCUAUUUCACCACAGCAAUACCUAUGGGAGGGAACACAGGGACAGCUCUGCAACAGCUAGGCCUGCGUCUGCCUGUCAUCGUCAUCAGACAGGGAGAGUCAUGCCAGUGUCGGUGCCCCUGCAGAGACGGCAGCACAGCAUCAGACACAGAGAAACAGACUGGUUGUCAACCUACUGGUGAACCCUCUGGUGCCCAGGUCAAGCAGCCCCAGGACCUAUCAACCCAGGACCCACCACCACAGCCCCAUCAACCCCAGGACCCACCACCCCAGCCCCCUCCACCGCAGGAGCCUCAACCUCCACCUCCACCUGUACCUCUCUGAUAAAAAUUAAAGUCAACCUUUUGAUAGUGAAGAAACUGUUCCUGUUACUUAUCCACCUGAGACAUCUUAUAUGCACUGUACUGUGUACUUAACUCUUUCUGUUGUUAAUACCUAGUUCAGGAUCAGGUCUCCCUACCCUGUCCUCAUAACCUUAACCAACCGUAACCCCAUACUAGUUGCUGAGGGUAGAAAGCAAUCAAAUGCUGCAUUUCAGUGUAGAUCAGGUCAAUGCAGGUUAUCUACAGUGUUUUAUUUUGAUUUAUGACAUGUCUGGUAGCGUUCAAUGAUGAGUUGGGCUAGAACAGUGGCUGGCCGCUGAGUGUAGUGUGGAAAACAUUUGACUCAAGCACUAAUCCUCUGUAGCAAUAUUCCACUUUACAUCUAGUCCCGCUGGAAACGUUAAGGGUGACAUUUAUUUUUGAUGGCGCAGAAAGAAAACGCGCUGCACGGGGAACAUCACUCCCCAUGCAGUACUUGGCAUUGCAGUUUCUGUCAAAUGUGUGUGAAAUGCAAAAUGUUCUGGGAUGGUGUGCGUCAUGUAUCCGUUCCAUUUCAUUAUGAACCUGCAAAUGAUCUGGAGAUGUUGUAAAUGCUGCUAUAACAAUAUAGUGUAUUUAGACACGAGCAAACUAACCUGGCAAAGAACACAUUUUGAGUUUUUCUUGAAUGUUCAAAAUAUAACAAUAUUUAACAUUUCAUUUUCUA